UAUCGAUUCGUUACCCCUUUUUUCAUAUAUAUACAUAACUCAUGAGUAGUCAGGCGGCUGAUCGGGGUCCCAAUAUCCAAAACUAUCGACACGGGGGAUCGGAGUGCUGCUGGCUUAGGCAUCCCAUCUCCCCAGAGGACACGAUGACCCGACUGGCCCUAAGGUAUGACACCAGCAUAGGUCACAUAUGCCGGGCCAAUCGGAUGCACUGGCAGGAUGUCCUGCAGACACGUAGCCACAUUUGGGUCCCGGUGCCCAUUCGAAGGAAUCAGUUGCCAAUAGAGGUCCAGGAAUGCCAGCAGAUCCCCGCCAGAAACGUAACGCCCAUUUCCUUGGCCAGCCCAAAAAGCUUGCCACCCCAUUUCUACCGCCAAAGUGCUCCAAAUCCAAAUCACUUUGCCGAGGAGGGAGAUCCCCUGCUGAUCACCACCAAAAUCACAUCGAGCAACCCUCUCAACCAGAGGCACUCCCCCGUUUUUCGCUGAAUAUUUCAUUAGAAAACCACAUUAGAAGGCAGCUGACAGGAGUUUCCUGACGGCGAACGUCGAAUGUGCCACCACACAUAGCGAAAGAAUCCACCAAAUUGUCGGUAUAUGUGUAGUAAAUAUUUUAAUAUA